AUGGUACCAAGAUUCCGUCACGCGCCAGCCAGAGAAUUGUCUCCGGAUGAAUUGCCUUGGCCAUUGAAGUUCAUUCUCAUUAUACUCGGCUACUCCACUGUUGUAGUACCUGUGGCUGUUCUCAUAUAUUAUUACAAGAAAAGAGUCAUAGAAACUAAUUCUGUUCCACGUUCUUAUUGGUCGAGAAUUGUUCAUCUUUUCGCAAUUGGUGACCCUCAAAGCCGAGGCUUCGAAGUUCUCAAUGUUCCCACAAGUCCACCGAAGGAUGAUGAAGAAACGAACAACAAAUUUUUCAAAGAUGUUGUACUUCUUUUGUUUUACUUCGCUGGCAUUCAGACUACACUCGUGCUCAUGGGAUUCCUCCAAGAGAGGAUCAUAACACAGGGCUAUGCAAGAUUCGAUGAUGGAACAAUGAUUGAAAAAUUCGGGGAUGCUCAGUUUCUCGUAUUCUGCAAUCGAAUUAUAGCUUUGUUCAUUUGCUUUAUAGUCCUUUAUAUCAGCUGGAGUAGACAACCACCUCACGUACCUCCACUCUAUGUGCAUUCCUAUACUUCUUUCUCCAAUACGAUGUCUUCGUGGUGUCAAUACGAAGCAUUGAAAUAUGUGUCAUUCCCAACCCAAACCAUUUGCAAAGCUUCAAAAGUUGUCGCAACUAUGUUCAUGGGUCGUGUUGUACGAGGACAAAGAUACACAUGGGCUGAAUAUGGACUUGGUGGUGUAAUUGCUAUCGGUGCCAGUCUUUUUCUACUGAGCACAGGAGGAGGAUCAGUUGAAGAAACAACAACAACAACAUCUAUUUCCGGAUUAAUUCUUAUGGCUGGUUACCUGGUCUUCGAUGCCUUCACGUUGAAUUGGCAAAAGUCAUUAUUUGAUUUAAAACCAAAAGUAUCCAAAUACCAAAUGAUGUUAGGUGUCAAUGUCUUUUCCGCCAUACUCUGUUUUGUGUCCCUUCUUGAACAGGGAACCUUGUUCACUUCCACAAAGUUUUUAAAUGAUCAUGCUAAUAUAUCCUCAGACAUUUUCUUUUUGAGUCUGUCAGGAGCAACCGGACAGCUCUUUAUUUAUUCGACAAUUGAAAAGUUCGGGCCAAUAGUUUUUGCCGUUAUCAUGACUAUUAGACAAAUGCUAUCAAUUUUGUUAUCUUCUAUCUAUUAUAGUCAUCCAAUGACUAUAUGGGCCUCCGCUGGAUUCAUGAUUGUGUUUGGAGCUCUAUUUAUAGACAUUUAUCGUCGAUAUUUCGAAAAGAAAACUAAAACGCACGGCCAGAAGACCCAAGCCUAA